AUGGAGCAUUCCAGCCAUUCGGAUUUCACUGCAAACAAGAUAAAAGGUUCUGCCUUUUCCCAGAAUGUAUUUUGUGACAACUGUAUACAUAAUCAGCAGCUAGUUGCAGAUAUUCUCCGAGAUUACGAUCCGCCAGAAGGGGAUGGCUGGGAGGAAAGCUAUAAAUCCUAUAAAACAUCACUGGAAUCUCGCUAUCCAAUAGUAUGCAGUCUUUGUGCACCUCAUGUUCGCAACUGUUUACGGAAUACUAGUCAAUUCAAUCCUUUUUCUUCAGAUUCUCGUCAGCCAAAUGAUGUGCAAAACAGUACUUGUGUACCAUUGUGCUCCAAUUCUUCAUAUCGACUACAGAAAGCUACUCGUUUGUUGACUGGAAUCGUGGCAUUGUGUAUAUUGGGCAUAAUGAUCAGAUACGAAACCGGUAGUGUCACCUUUACUAAUGUUAAGCUACUAUCUGAAUCACUCAUCGCUGUAGAUCUUUCACUAUUGGUUAAAGUGAUAUUUGUUUGGGUGGCAUCUGGUCUAUCAUGUAUGAGUGUCAAAAACGCAUCUACCAUUCUUAUUCAGCCAAAACAUCAUCCGAUAUCAUAUAGUUUUUUAUGGGUGCUUCCUGCUACAUCAGUAAUCUCUGGCGCGUAUCUUGUGCGCAUGAAUUAUUUAGACAGUAUCGAUACUGUUUUAGAUUCAUCAUCAACGCCUAUUGAUAUACACGCUCUGACGAUUUUAAACAUUACUGUUUUAAUUUCAAUAGUUCGUCUUAUUUUGGUUAUAGUGCCAUUCAAUCAAAUUUGGCGGUAUGCUAUUUCGCAACGAGCGAUUGGUGAGCUACAAAAUAGUGCUUACUAUGCCAAACUUCAACGACCUAGUCCCUUGAAAUCGCAGUCAUCUCUGCGCCAGUCUGCAUUUGAAUCUUCAAACAAAGCAUCAACAUCCAAUAUUUUUGCAUCUCAAACCAACUUGUCUGCAUCCACCAUUAAACCUUUGAAUUUCAAUAUCGAGGAAGCAAGCGAAUUACUUUCAUCAUCCAAUGCUUUAGAUGCUCUUUCGUUUGAAGAUGGCACAUCUUGGAGACAGCAGCGCAGUACAAAUAGUCAUACAGAGAAUACAGCUACAAUGGACUGGGAAGGUCCACUUGGAUCUACAACUAAAAAGUCAUCAUCUAAUCUUUUUUCAGUUCAAAGUCCACAAUUUCCUGUUCCGUGGCAUAUGCAAGUUCGUGGACCACGGAUUUUGCCGCCAAAGACAAAGCUGCCGUUUUCAGCCUCGUUUUCUGACAGCAUGCAUCGACCUGCUUUUGGGAUGACUGGGAGUAGUGGUCACUCGGCUAGGCAUUUUCCUACCCGAGAAGGUUCAUUCUCAUCAAAUUCCGGUUUUCCAAUAUCCCAUGAUCGACAAUUUUUAAACCGGAAAAAGCCUUUUGGCGCUUUGGCUUUGUCGAAUGGAAUCAGCAAUUCCACGACUGAUUCUUACAAUAGAAAAAACUCACAAUACGAUGACUCCAUCUCUGGAAUUACAAACCUUUUUGCUUCCAAAGCUACUCUUAAAACUAGUAAACCAACAUCCAAUGCAGUAGAUGUAGCCCAUAUUCGUAUUGGAACGGCUGCUAUUUUUAUCUGCGGUGUUCUGUCUACUCUGCUGAUAGUAAUGGUUGUUUUUCAGAUGCGAUAGACUAUGUUGUACCUUUCAUUUGCUACUCGCAAAGCCUUGACAAUAUUUAUGUUUAAUAAAAUCACUAGUUAUACAUGA